GGCCGGCCAGGUCCCCGGAGAUCCUCAACCAAGAACUGGUUAGAACAGACAUGGACUUUUGACACGGCAGGCCGCCAAAACGCACGCUUUCUCAUUGGCAGAGUCCAAUGUUGGAGACCUUGCAUACAUUACCGGGGUAAUUUUUAGUCGUUCAUACCUAGCAUAUCUGAACAGGGGAUGCAUAGAUAGCCUGGUAUUCCGCAUCCAAUUCAACGGCUGGAGAAGAAUAUAUUUGUUGAAUCACUUAACGCGAUUUGCAGCAAACUACGGAAUAGCGCUGUCACGAUCUGGUAGUAAUCUCGCUGGUUGGCUAGAUGAUGCCUCUGUGUCCGUGUAAGUUAGCAGGUUGCUGACACAGUGAGGGAAUAAUAUUAAGAUCCACACUCCAACCACCUCGUCCACACACUUCUAUGGGUCGUUCCCAUCUGGCAGCAUUUUUAUGUCUCCAAAGAAGAAUUCUCGAAUGUACAUGUUGAAAUAUGGAAAAGGAGAUAACGCCAAACCGAAACUUUCGUCCUCUGACCAACGAUUCAGUAAAGGAGAUACAGCGGCUGAUAGCCGAAAAGAAGGAGCGUCUUCGGAAGAUCAAGGAAGGAGAAAUAGACGAAGAUGAGGUUGAAGAACAUGAGAUUGAGGACCCUGAUCCGAAACUGUCUGUGGGGUCUGUCCUACCAGACUACCUGGGCGAGUUUCCUGAUGACUACGUGGGUCGACCGUUGGAGGACAUUGACCCCUAUUAUGCAGAUAAAGAGACUUUUAUCGUCAUAGCAAAAGAUAGGAGCAUAUUCCGUUUCAGCACCACUAGUGCCUGCUAUAUCUUCACUCCUUUCCACCCAAUCAGACGACUGGCACUCUACACACUCGUGCACUCACUGUUUAGCACGUUGGUCAUGUUAACAAUUUUAGUGAAUUGUGUGUUCAUGACCAUGACAAAUCCACCGGAAAUCACAGAGUAUAUAUUCACUGGCAUCUACACUUUUGAAAUGACAGUAAAGUUAUUAGCCAGAGGGUUCGUUCUUACACAUUUCUCCUACCUAAGAGAUCCGUGGAAUUGGCUAGACUUUGGAGUCAUAGGGUUGGCAUACAUUACCAUAUUCGUAGACCUGGGAAAUUUGUCAGCUCUGAGAACCUUUCGAGUUCUGCGAGCGUUGAAGACUAUCUCAGUAGUUCCAGGUCUGAAGACCCUGGUCAGCGCUUUGAUCCAGUCCGUUAUAAACCUGAGAGACGUCCUUAUCCUGACCGUCUUCGCUCUCUGUGUGUUUGCCUUAGUCGCGCUCCAAAUCUACAUGGGACAGCUUCGCCAAAAGUGCAUUAGAAUCAUCCCCGAAUUUAUGAACAUUUCAGAGUAUCUCUCUUUUUGGCCCAACUCAACUUUACCUGAGGACUAUUGGGACAAUUAUACCAGUUGGGCAGGACUGGGGGACGACUUUUUGGUAACCGUUCCAAAUAUCACAGAUCAGAUGUGGUUUCUGUGGAACAAUAAUUCAGAAAACUUUCAAGUAGGUGACAUCUCAGAAUGGAAGAUUUGCGGUAACAGCAGCGGUGCAGGAAUCUGUGCUGAAGGCUACAGAUGCCUACCGGGCUUUGGCCCCAACCCAAACUAUGGUUAUACUAACUUCGACUCCUUCGGCUGGGCCGCACUGGCGUCCUUCAGACUCAUAGUACAAGACUACUGGGAAAAUCUUUAUCAGCUGAUAUUGGCGGUGGCAGGCCCAGUGCAUAUAAUGUUCUUUAUCGUGGUUAUAUUUCUGGGAUCAUUCUACCUGGUCAACCUCAUCUUAGCUGUCGUCGCGAUGUCUUAUGAAGACGCUUCGUCAGAAACUGCAGAGGAAGAAGCAGAAGCAGCAGCGAAAGCUGCGGCAGAGGCAGAGGCAGAAGCGGCGUCAGAGGCUCAGAAAAGUGUAGAACUGGCAUCUAGGAAGGCAGCUGAUGUGUACGCUGACAGUGACACGUGCAGCAAUAAUGGAUGUACCACCACUUCACACUCCAGCACAUGUAGAAGAAGCCCAAACAGUCGCCACAGUAGAUGCAGCGUCAAAAAAAGGACGCCCUCACAGCUGUCCCUCCUGACAAGGGCCACUCCUAGAUCUACAUCACGGUCGUCAUUGAGCAAACUUCUGCACAACAACUUUUUUAGCAGGAAAAGGAGCAGAGAUGAGCUACAGGACACGUUUUGUGAAAAAACUAACUCACAAGGCGAGCUUCAAUCGCUGUCCAGCGUCAGCCUGCGCGGUUCGCCGUACCUGCAGCGGUGGGGCAGCAGAGGGAGUCAGUUCAGCUGGCGGCUGGGACGCUUCAGCGACAGGGAGAACCUUUUCUGUGACAGCUUCGGGGAAGACGGUUAUUCUGAUGAGCUGACGCUGGAUGGAAAUCGGAGCAGAACAGGGUCUUCUGAUGUCUUAAAAUCUCAGCUUGUAGACAGCAAGCUGCUCUUCCAAGAAUGCAAUGGAGACGUCCUCCACAGAUACUGCAAUGGCAAUGCACCGUCACCGCUGGAUACGCGAGGGGAUCCUGUUCUCCUUCUUCUCCAAGAAAACAUUCGCCUAAACCAAGUGUCCGAUACAGCAUCAGCUGCCGGUGAUAUAGAGAAGGGGGCAGGAGCACUGGACUAUGAUUCAGAUGAUGAAGAGGAAGAGACGCUUGCGCAGAAGCUGGACAGGAUAUUUUGCAGCUGGUCCUGCCCUCCAGCGUGGGACAACUUCGCUCACUUGUGUUUUCUUUUCAUCUGUGACCCUGUCAUGGAGCUGUUCAUCACACUCUGCAUCGUUCUCAACACUCUCUUCAUGGCCAUGGACUACCACGGCAAAUCCGCAAACAUGGAGUACAUUCUCCAACAGGGUAACUACGCAUUUACCGGUAUAUUUGCCGGUGAGAUGGUAUUGAAGAUGAUAGCCCUGGGUUUGAAGAAGUACUUCACUGUGGGCUGGAAUAUCUUCGACUCCAUCAUUGUGACGCUGAGUCUCGUCGAGCUUGGACUGGAGGGCGUGAAGGGCUUGUCAGUUCUCCGGUCCUUCCGUUUGCUUCGGGUUUUUAAGCUGGCGAAGUCCUGGCCGACAUUGAACCUGCUCAUCUCCAUCAUCGGAAACUCACUCGGUGCCCUGGGCAACUUGACGUUCAUCCUGGGCAUUGUGGUGUACAUCUUCGCAGUCAUCGGCAUGCAGCUAUUCGGUGAAUAUUACACAGCUGAGGCGUUCGGGGGCACACUGCCCAGAUGGCACUUCCAAGACUUCUUUCAUGGCUUCAUGAUCAUUUUCCGCGUUCUGUGCGGCGAGUGGGUGGAGACCAUGUGGGACUGUAUGCAUUGUGCCGGCUCCGCGUACCCAGCCUGUCUCAUUAUGUUCCUCCUCACCAUGGUCAUUGGCAAUCUUGUUAUCCUCAACCUCUUCCUUGCCCUGCUGUUGAGUUCCUUCAGUUCGGAUAAUAUCGGGGAAUCAGAAGGAACAGAUGAGCCCAACAACCUACAGAUUGCCAUCGACAAAAUAAAAUGGUUUCCCAAGUUCCUUCUGUCGCUGUGCCUUCCCUGUAUCCCCAGGCCCAAGAAAACAUGGCCGCCGUACAGUGACCAAGGCGAGGAGGAGGAGGAGGAGGAAAGAGGUAUACACAUGAUCGACGGACAAGCCAUUAUCAUGCAGAACGGGUCGGUCAGUAAGUUGGAGGAUCCAGACAAAUGGAGUGCGUCCAACGGCGUCAUGGUUCCCAUCGCCGGCUUCGACUCGGAACUGGACAUCACGGGGAUGAGCCCUUCGCAGAAGAAGCUGAACUAUGAUGACAUCGAUGAGAAGAAAGGUAGUAAGUACUCCUUAUCAUCGGGAAGUGUGACGUCCGGGAGUCUGGAGACAUUGAGUGAGAAGGAGAAGGGGACGUUAGAAGCCGAGAGUACCAAGUCCCGCUCAGUCAGCACGCUGUCAGGGGACAAGAAGGAAGGGGAGGAAGAGGAGGAGGAACUCCCGACAAAGUGCUGGGAAGACUUGGACGAGAACGCCCCCGAGUGUUUAUGUGAAUGUUGCUACAAAAACAUCGCCUGUUGCGCGACUGUCGAUGAAACCACUUGGGGUCCUACGUGGAACGCUAUACGGGCGCGUGCGCACUGGAUCAUCGAACACAAGUGGUUCGAGAGUUUCAUCAUAGCCAUGAUUCUGUUUAGUAGCUUGGCUCUGGCGAUAGAGGAUAGACAUAUCCGCCAACGCCCGACCUUGAAGAAGAUUCUGGAAUAUGCGGAUCUCUACUUUACGUUUAUUUUCUUCUUGGAAAUGUUAUUCAAAUGGCUCGGAUACGGCUACAAGAAGUACUUCACGAAUGCCUGGUGCUGGCUGGACUUCAUUAUCGUUAUGGUGUCCCUCGUCAGUUUGGUGGCCAAAAUCAUGGGCAUGGAAAACGUCUCCGCCUUCAAAUCUCUCCGGACACUCCGAGCACUGCGACCUUUGCGAGCUAUAUCUCGAGCGGAGGGAAUGAGGGUCGUUGUUAACGCCUUGAUUUGCGCCAUCCCGUCCAUCGGAAAUGUUCUCCUGGUGUGUCUGAUCUUCUGGCUGAUUUUCGCCAUCAUGGGAGUACAGCUCUUCGGUGGGAAAUACUGGAAAUGUGUUGAUGACGAAGGGACAAAGUUGAACUCCAGCUACGUCAAGGAUCAGUUUGAGUGCAUUCAGAAAAACCUGUCUUGGAUCAACGCACCGAUCAACUUUGACCACGUUGGACAGGCAUAUCUCUCACUCUUUCAAGUGGCUACUUUUAAAGGCUGGAUGGACAUUAUGUAUGAUGCCAUUGACAGUACGGUGGGCCUGCAACCCGAGUAUGAAGUAAAUCUCUUCAUGUACCUGUACUUCGUCCUCUUCAUCAUCUUUGGUUCCUUCUUCACCCUCAACCUCUUUAUCGGUGUUAUCAUCGAAAACUUCAACGCACAGAAAAAAAAGGGUGGAGAAGGGUCCUCUAUUGACCUGUUUAUGACAGAGGAUCAGAAGAAGUACUACGCCGCCAUGAAAAAACUGGGUUCCAAGUCCCCAACCAAGGGUAUCCCAAGGCCUGCGAAUAAAGUCCAGGCAUUUUUCUACGAUGUUGCCAUGCAUCAAGUAUUCGAGAUCUUUAUCAUGAUUAUCAUUGGCCUGAACAUGGUAUCCAUGAUGAUCGAACACUAUGGCCAAACGCAAGAGUUCACCGACAACCUGGCCUUAGUCAACAUCGUAUUUAUCGCCAUAUUUACAUGGGAGAUGGUCUGGAAGAUGACUGCCUUUGGCUUUAAAUACUUCAGCCAAGGUUGGAACAUCUUUGACUGCGUUGUCGUCGUCAUGUCUAUAUUAGGAAUUCUUUUGGAGGACAUCAUCGAAAAAUACUUCGUCUCCCCUACAUUGCUAAGGGUUAUCCGCGUGGCGAGGAUUGGACGAAUCCUUCGGCUAAUUAAAGGAGCCAAAGGCAUACGUACUCUCAUCUUUUCUUUGGCCAUAUCUGCACCUGCUCUGUUUAACAUAGGACUGUUGCUCUUCCUCGUCAUGUUCAUUUAUGCCAUCUUUGGAAUGAUUUCGUUCAUGGAUGUAAUUCGCAAUAAAGGCUUGAGUGAGAUCACUAACUUUGAGACGUUCGGUAACAGCAUAAUCUCGCUGUUCGAAGUCUGCACGUCAGCUGGCUGGGACGGUCUUCUUGCCGGUACCAUGGUGGAGCCACCCGACUGUGACCCGGAGCCUUCUGAGGAAUACCCAAACGGAAACUGUGGGAACAGUUCUCUGGCUAUCUUCUUCUUCUUGUCUUAUUUGGUGCUGAACUUCCUUGUUAUGUCCAACAUGUACAUUGCUGUUAUUCUGGACAACUUCAGUAAUGCCGUGGCAGAAGCCGAUGAAGGGGGUGUGACGGAAGAUGACGUCGACAUGUACUAUUCACUUUGGGAACGCUACGACCCGCACGCUACCAAAUACAUCCAUUUGGACCAGGUGUCGAAAUUUCUUAAUGAACUUGACGCUCCUCUAAGAGUGCCCAAGCCAAAUAAAGUCACUAUAGUCUACCUGGACCUUCCAAUAUGCACGGAGGAUAGGGUAUAUUGUAGAGACCUUUUGACAAAACUGACGGAUAAGGUGAUGGACACACUUCACCAAGAGAAGACGGAAGAAGAGAUGGCGGAGGCGUUAGCUGAUCCGGAAAGACCCGAGGACUACGAAGUGAUCAGCUCCACCAUGACGAGGAGGCGGGAGGAGCUGGCCGCCAUGGCCGUUCAGAGGGCCUUCAGGAGGUGGAUGCUGAAAGCUUCAAUCGAGCGGGCACCUGAGUUUUUGAAAAGGGAAGACGACGAUGAGGAGAUAACGAGUAUGAAAAGUACAGAUGACGUAAAGGACGAAGGAUCGCCGAAAGCUGAUAAAUCUCGCAGGGCUACUCUGACAUAGCAAUAAGGCACAAGGAAUUGUUAGGGCUAUGUGGUCAAUAGUGGAACCCACGUAACCUCAUGCCUUGGUCAAGUUGAUCAGGGCGUAACUUCGAGUUGAAACUAAGUAUCAGACUUUGAUGACUUGAUACGCCUUUAAGUGCUUAAGGUCCACAUGCAGUUACCUUAAACAUUACUAUCAACUCUGAAGUAAGAACGUUGUGGUGCUUCGAGUCAAGCCAAAGAAAUUAGAAUCAUUUCUGGUUAGGUUCCGCAGAAUCUCCCUGGCUACCACAACCUUCCUAGCUGUAAUUUCUUUCAGUAAAAUGGUCAAAUUGUAUAAGGAGGAGACUACACGUGGUAGAUUAUCAGGAUGAUUUGGAUUGAAAUCCUGACCACAACAGAACCGUGACUUCUGUGCCUUUCCUAAUUCACACGGUUUUAAACGAUUAAUAAACUCGAUCCCUACAACGUACUAUGUCACUGACAAGAUUUGUGUACUAAAUGAUGCGUGUUACGCACGAAGUACCUUCUUAUCACAGCCCACUUUGGUGUUUUUCUAUGUAGAAUUGUUUUUAAAACAAUGUUGUCAUAAAUAGCCACAUUUCCUCGAGUUGUCAUCUCGUUAAGAAAGUUAAGGUUAACGUGGUGAUGUCAUCACUUGAAAUGAUUUUAGUUCUGACAUGUCCGCCCAUCACUUCCAGUCACAGUGUAUUUAGAACAAUCAUCGCUACUCUAAUCUGAUAUCUGUCUUCAACAGGAUGUGUUUAUUAUUGUGUUCUCUUGUAUGGAAGUUUGAUUCUUUGGAAAAUUGCCAACAUCAACUCCUGAUUUGCUAUGUGUAAAAUACAUGCUGGUCUCAUGAAGAGGUCUGGGUUAGUGUGGCAUUCAGAACAUCAUCCGUCAGAUUUUAUAAUUGGCAUUUUAAUCAUUGAGAGUUUUUGCAUUUGAAAUGGAAGACAUGACGUGUAGCUGUAUAUGUUGGUCAUUACAACAUGACCAGCAUUCUAACGCCUGUUACCAAUGAUAUAAAACUGAUAUUACUGUAAGUCGUCAUAAUUUGACAUUGUGCUCUCGUGAAGGCAACCUAAAAACAAUGUCAACUG